AUGUGUGACUGCUUGCGACAGUUAUGGCUGUUGACUCGCAAGAAUCUCAUUCUAACUCGACGUAGUAAAGUGUGGACGUUAUUCGAAGUGGUUUUGCCAAUUUUGUUCACACUGCCAAUAAUAAUACUCAUUGUCAGGGGCGGUACCGUGCAGCUGUCGCCCGGCAGGUCGUUCGAUGCUGUACCUCUUGAAGGUGGUGCAGGCGACAUCAAUCGCACCGUUGGUUUUGUAGCUGCCAUUCGAACACGAUGGUGUAAUCGUCCGCGAGUCUCUAUAGCCUAUUGUGCUCGAGAAAGUGAGGUGCCUGUGGACAAUUUGAUGAAUAAGCUGGCGAAGCGAUUCAGUAGCCCAAUUCUCACGGUAGAUGUGGUGAAAAUGAAAGACGAGGAGUACAUGCUCGAACAACUUCGAGCGGACGCUCCAAAUAGCACUCAGUAUGGAUGUGCCAUCAACAAGUUCGCAGGCGGUGUGGUGUUCAAGCAGUUCGACACAACGGCUGGAAAGCUUGAUUAUACCAUACUCAUACCUACCGAGUUUCUUGACGAUCCCUGGCAUCUUGACCAGUUAUGGGAUGAUCCCUUUGGAGCCAAUAACGAUUACAACAGAAUCCCUGGAAAGCCCCCAUACUGGUCGUCAGCAUUUCUAUCAGUCCAGUACGCUAUUGAUAGUCUUUUCAUUGAGGCCUCAUCACCCAACGUAACCCUUGUGCCGGAGUUGAGACUCAGAAGAAUGCCGGAGGCGACGUAUAAUUUGAAUAGUGUAGCGGCUUUUCUGGGAGUCUCCUCGUAUUUCUGGGGACUUUGUGUCUUCGUUUUGGUUAUUCACACGGCAAGAGAGAUAGCAAGUGAGAGGAGCACAGUAAAGCCAGUAAGCGCAUCGCUGUUCUUCGUGACGUUGAUAUUAUACGGUGUAUCAGCGGUCGUCUUCGCGGCGCUUGUGUCAUCCCUGUUCAAGACGCCCAAUACGGCCCUCAAAGUGGUGAUCGUGUUGUGGGUGAUACUGGUUGCGGCACCGUUCCGUGCUCCUCGCGUCGAUCAAAUUCUCUACUGCACUCUGUACUCACUGAAUCCGAACGCGGCUUUCUCGUACGCUCUCAAGACGUUUGCCGACUACAUGAAUCGAGGCAAGUUUCCUGGUCGCGAACUGUCGUGGUCUAAUAGUUUUGAAGACGGAUCAUUCCAUUUCACCGCUGGAGCUGCUUUGGUGAUGUUGUUGGUGGACAUCAUCUGGAUGAGCGCAGCGACAUUGUUCUUCGAUUUCAUGUUCAGUGACAGCGACUUCACGUUUUUCAAACUUCCGUUUGGGAACAGUUACCUGAGUUCGUCUGCUCCUCGUCUAGAGCAGGAUGACGGUAACAAUGAGACCGACGAAGGCCUACUGAGAACACGAGCUGGAAUUUCGGUGCAACGUCUGAUCAAGGUCUGGACUUCAACGGGGGAGCGCGCCGUAGAUGAUAUGUCUCUGGAAGCGUACGUAGGGCAGGUUACUGUACUUCUUGGACACAAUGGCGCUGGUAAAAGUACGACGUUCUCUGUAAUAUCCGGGAUCACGGCACCAAGUGCAGGAACGGUUAGCAUCUACGAUCUGGACAUACAGAAGCAGCGAUCCGCGUGUCGAAAGCGAAUUGGCUUGUGUCCGCAAGCUAACGCCUUAUUCGACCGUUUAACAGUUGAUGAGCACCUCUGGUUCAUUCAUGGCCUCAAAGGGGCUAGUGGCUCUUAUAAGGUUGAAGGACAACAACUACUGGAUCAGCUGAAAUUGGACGAGAAAUCUGACGAGCUUGCCAUGAACCUUUCCGGAGGUCAAAAGCGCAAACUUUGUGUGUCGAUGGCUGUGAUCGGCGGUAGUGCCGUGGUGUUGCUGGAUGAGCCGACUGCUGGCAUGGAUCCAGGGGCUCGAAGAGAUGUUGAGGCUCUCUUGGAGACGGUCAAGGUGGAUCGAACAGUACUACUCACCACCCAUUAUAUGGACGAAGCGGAACUGCUGGGAGACCGUGUCGCAAUCAUGGCCAAGGGUCGAGUGUACUGCUGUGGAACACCACAAUUCCUGAAAAAGAGAUUCGGAACCGGCUAUGUGAUGACGGUGGUGGUUGCUGAAAAAGCAAACGCCUCGGACGUCGCUGGAACAGUGACUCGCAUCGCGGGAAAAUACGUUCUUGGAGCUGAAAGGGGAAAUGUGCAUGGAAAGCAGUUUGAGAUAAUUUUGCCGAAGGAACACCAGGAG